UGGUGGGGGGUUGUGGAUGAGGUCUGAGCCUCGGGCCCACACAGACCUAAGGAACCUGGACGGUUCCUCACCUUUCAUUCCCCGCACUCUAGGAAGGAGAAUCCGCCUUCAGGGGGUGCAAGGAAUUCCUGCCAAAGGCUUCCUUCUUUCCUGCUCUGCCGGAAGCCCAUUCGUCUUCCACCCUGCAUGCGGAGGCAGCGGGUCUCCAUUUCCAUCAGGCUGGGAUGAAGGCCCCUCGUCUCCCUGAACACACCGGACUGUGGUGCUGCAGCGGACCGCGGGGACCUCAGGGGCAGAACUGAGACGGAGCAGUGGAAUGACGGUGUGAGCCCUGUAAGUAACAUACGGCAGAAAUCUAGGCUAAGCCGUGAAAGCCCUGUGGUUAAGGAUAAAUUUGUAGCAGUGGUGUUGCUUGAGUUGGACACAGUCUAGAAAUCCUUCAAAAGACAAGUGAGACCUGCUUACUAAUAAAAGCUGUGCCUUGCGUACUCCUCGGCUGCUGUGGAUGGCCCCGGCUGUCUUGACUGCCCUUCCCAAUAGGAUGUCCCUGAGGUCCCUCAAAUGGAGCCUCCUGCUGCUGUCUCUGCUGAGCUUCCUGCUGAUGUGGUACCUCAGCCUUCCCCACUACAACGUGAUCGAGCGUGUGAACUGGAUGUACUUCUACGAGUACGAGCCCAUUUACAGACAGGACUUCCGCUUCACACUCCGAGAGCAUUCCAACUGCUCUCAUCAGAACCCGUUCCUGGUCAUCCUCGUGACCUCGCGCCCCUCCGAUGUGAAGGCCAGACAAGCCAUUAGAGUUACUUGGGGUGAAAAAAAGUCCUGGUGGGGAUAUGAGGUUCUUACCUUUUUCCUAUUGGGCCAGCAGCCCGAAAUGGAAGAGAAAAUGUUGGCACUGUCCUUAGAGGACGAACACCUUCUCUAUGGCGAUAUUAUACGGCAAGAUUUUUUAGACACAUAUAAUAACUUGACCUUGAAAACCAUCAUGGCCUUCAGGUGGGUCAUUGAAUUUUGCCCCAAUGCCAAGUAUGUCAUGAAAACAGACACUGAUGUUUUCAUAAACACUGGCAAUUUAGUCAAGUAUCUUUUAAAUGUAAACCACACGGAGAAGUUUUUCACGGGUUAUCCUCUAAUUGAUAACUAUUCCUAUAGAGGAUUUUUCCAGAAAAACCAUAUUUCCUACAAGGAGUACCCUUUCAAGGUGUUCCCCCCCUACUGUAGUGGGCUGGGUUACAUUAUGUCCAGUGAUCUAGUGCCGAGGAUCUAUGAAAUGAUGAGUCACGUGAAGCCUAUCAAGUUUGAAGAUGUUUAUGUUGGGAUCUGUCUGAACUUGUUAAAAGUGGACAUUCAUAUUCCAGAAGACACCAACCUUUUCUUUCUGUACAGAAUACACCUGGAUGUGUGUCAGCUCAGACGCGUGAUUGCAGCCCACGGCUUUUCUUCCAAGGAGAUCAUCACAUUUUGGCAGGUGAUGCUGAGGAACACCACCUGCCAUUAUUAAGCCCGUGCUCCAUACAUCCAGGGGAGGGGACGCUCUGUAGAAAGGGUCAGAGUGAGGGCUGUGGAGAACUCUGGAAGUUUGGUGUGCUGGCUUGCCUGAACCGAAACUCCUGGAGCUCCAAGGCCUAAGCUGACUAGUGAUUUGUUUUAAUAAAAUUUAACCCGGAUCCUUUGAAGGUGAUAGAGAAGUUAAACAUAAAGCAAAGUUAAACAAAUGGUUUUUCUAAUAAAAUCAAAGGAACAAACAGUCUGGGUGACCUGGGUGUUAGAUUAGAAUGUCUUAAGAUUUUCCUGAAAGAAAAGCUAACUAGCCCACAGCAGCAAAACAGUGCGGGGUUGUAAUUAUUAGAUAGUCUAGUCACAUAAUGGUUCAGUGUGCAUCUUAGGCAGUUAUUAUUAACAUAUAUAUUUCUUGUAAAAAGCUUCACUGAAGUUAUUCUGAAGAAAAUUUCAUUUAUAUUGCUUUCCGUCACAGGAUACUUGACGAUGUGGUGUUUGGGAGUUAUCAAAUAUUAUUUAGUGUUAUUUCAAUUUCCCAAGUUUAAAGGUUAUGGUGGUUUCAGUAUUAUAUAGUGAAUCACUUUUCACAUUUGAACUUUGCUUUACUUACUCCACUGAUCAGUUUAACUCUGAAAGUACCAUUAAUGUGACAUCAUAGGUUUUUACUAACAGUAAUCUGUUGAACUUCAUUGCAUACUUUCCUGUAGACAUAUGGAGAAUUAAAGCAAGAAAAGUCAAAUUAUGUACAGUUUUUUAAAAAUGUAGUCAGUGUUUCUAGAUGUCACUUCGUCUGCCUCAUUUUCCCCCCACAGAACUUGAGACUAAUACAGAAUUCCAAACAGUCCCUUUCCUAAAGGCACAAAAGGCUCAGGUGGCAUAGAGUAUACUAUUAUUGCAGUAUUUAAGCUGGAAAAGGAAGGUGGAAGAUUCAUGUUGCAUUGUGAACCCACCCAGUGUGUAUUUUCUACUGAGUAAUCAAUUUGUGAAUAAAGGAUUUUAAAAGA